UUCAGUGCACAGUGUCACCAACACCAGAAAGAGCACAGAACAAAAAAUUGUUUCACAAGCAGUGUGGAUAGAGUCCCACUUGAAGAGAGCUGUAAUUUCCAUGUGUCGUGGAAGCCUUGUACCUGUAGUCAAGUUGGAAAAUACUUUGUUGUCUGCUCAGAACUUCUUGAGCAAGCGGCUACUCAGACCAUGCACAAGGCAAAUGAAAUCUCUGAGUCGGAAAUGACUUUUCAAAGUACAGAAUGUUAUUACAACCCAGGAGAAUGUAAGAAAGCCAUUGGCUGUGAUGACACACUUGUUGACGAUCAUGGUUUCCUUACUGGAAGUCAGAGUUAUGUGUGUUGUGAAUGUGGCAAAUCUUUUACCAGUCACUCUACCCUUCAUGAUCAUCAGAGAGUUCACACUGGAGAAAGGCCUUAUGAGUGUGGUGAGUGUGGGAAAUCAUUUAAAAGGAAAUAUCACUUUCAUUGUCAUCAGAGAGUUCACACUGGAGAAAGGCCAUACAAGUGCUCAGAAUGUGGGAAAUCUUUUACCUGUAGCUCUCACCUUCAUUGUCAUGUGAGAGUUCACACUGGAGAAAGUCCUUAUGAGUGCUCAGAAUGUGGGAAAUGUUUUAACAGUAAGUCUGACCUCCGCAAACAUAACAGAGUUCAUACUGGAGAAAGGCCUUAUGAUUGUGGUGAAUGUGGGAAAGCUUUUACCAAUAGCUCUGCUCUCCGUGAUCAUCAGAGAGUUCACACAGGAGAAAGGCCUUAUGACUGCAGUGAAUGUGGGAAAUGCUUUACCAAUAGGUCUGCCCUUCAUUGUCAUCAAAGAGUUCACAAUGGAGACAGGCCUUAUGAGUGCCGUGAAUGUGGGAAAUCUUAUACCAGUAGCUCUGCUCUCCGUUAUCAUCAGACAGUUCACACUGGAGAAAGGCCUUAUGAGUGCAGUGAAUGUGGAAAAUCUUUUACCAGUAGGUCAGACCUCCGUAAACAUCACAGGGUUCACACCAAUGCAAAGCCAUAUGAAUGUGGUGAAUGUGGGAAAUCUUUUACCAGUAGCUCUGACCUCCGUAAGCAUCACAGAGUCCACACUAAAGCAAGGCCUUAUGAGUGUGGUGAAUGUGGGAAAUCUUUUACCAGUAGCUCUGAUCUAUGUAAACAUCACAGAGUUCACACUGGAGAAAGGCCUUAUGAGUGUGGUGAAUGUGGAAAAUCUUUUACCAGUAGUUCUGCCCUCUGUAAACAUCACAGAGUCCACACAGGAGAACGGCCUUAUGAGUGCAGUGAAUGUGGGAAAUCUUUUAAGAGGAAAUAUGACUUUCAUUGUCAUCAGAGACUUCACACCGGGGAAAGGCCUUAUGAGUGCAGUGAGUGUGGGAAAUGCUUUAUAAAACGCUCCAGCCUUAUCCAACACCAUCGAAUUCAUUCUGGACAAAAGUCAUGAGUGUGGCAAAUGUUGUAAGUCUUUGAGUCAAAGCACUAACCUCAUUCAACACCGCAGAGUUCGCACAGGAGAAUGAUUGUAGGGAAUGUGGAGAAUCUUACCAGUAGAAGUAACCUCAGUUACCGUCAUCAAAUAUUUCACACUGGAGAACCACCAUAUGAUUGCAGUGCAUGUGGAAGUGUUAUAUAGGCUUUGUUACCAUCAACGAUUUCACUCUGGACAAAGGCCUUAAGAGUACAAUGAAUGAGAAAUCUUUUUUCAUUAGUAAUGUUUACAAUCAACAGAGAGCUCCUACAGGAGAGGGGUUGUAUGAAUGCAGUGUUGUGGGAAGACUUUUUUCAGAAACUUUGACCUUCAUUGUCAUUAGAUGGUUUACACUGGAGAAAGAACUUUUUGGAGAAAAAAAAAUCUUCGCCUGUGCAUAUGUUUAUUGAUUUCUAGAGAGAGAGGGUGAGAGGAAAAAUGUAGAAAGAAACAUCAGUUGGUUGUGUGUUGUACGUGCCUUGAUCAGGAAUCAUACCCACAACCUACGUGUGUGGCAUGCCUGGAAUCCGAUUCACAACUCUUUGGUGCACUGGACGAUGCUCCAACUUACUGAACCACCCGGCCAUGGCUGGAGGAGGUACUUUAGAGUGUAGUGAUGUGCCAAAUUUUAAUCAGAAACUGAUCUUCAUUCUCAUCAGAGUUCCCAUUGGAGAAAGGCCCUAUGAGUACAGUGAAUAUGGGAAAUAUUUUGCCCAAAAUUCUAACCCAUCUUUGUACAUAAAGAGUUCACAUUGGUGGGAUUUCUUAGAUAUAUAUGAAAUGUACCUUUCCCUUAUUUAGUGUUAACAACACUGGAGCCAACUCUGAUUAGGGAAAACCAUGAUUGCUACAGAAUUACAGGACUAAUAAUAAUUGGAGGAGACUGCAGCCAGCUAGUGGAGUGUGCCUUUUCUGAAUGUACAUCCAGAAAUGAUACUGAGAAAAAGACCGCAGCAUCAUUAUGCACACAAAUCUGAUGAUCUCCAGGCAUGUUUAUCUUCUGUGGCCAAAAUAAUUGCCAGUUAAAAUUGUAAAGAAUUUUUGUGGAUUUCUGUAGCCUUUCAGAUAUUCACCUAAGACCAUUGGUACCGAGGUAAGGACACAAAGAAAAGGGGUAUGUAUAAGAAAAAUUAAAAAUAAUUUAAUAAAGCACUACCUGUAGAAUAGGUAUGUGACUUCACUGACUCAGCCUGCAUUCUUAUUGAUUUAAAUCAAAGUUAUUUAUUAUUUGGUGUAUUUGAUGUCAUUGAGAAAAAUGGAAUUCUAGAGGGCAUGACGUCAUGGAUUAGAUAUAAAAUUGCCAGACCUGUUUUCCAAAGAGUCUUGGACAUACAGAUUUUUCAAAUUUUGAACAAUUCCUUAAAAGUUUUUCUUAGUAAAUCAUGUAUUUCAAAUACAGUAUUUGAGAAGUUUUGACCUAGGCAUGAAACUGAAACCAUCAUCAUGACCAUAAUACUGACUGUAUCUGUCACUGUUUGUUUACCUCAUGUCCUUUUCUAAUCUCUCUCCCUGCCCUUCAAGUCUCUCUAACUAUUGAUUUACAUUCCAUUUUAAUAGAUAGCUUUGCAUUUAAUAGAAUCUAUAUGUUUGGAAUCAGAAUAGUUUUACUGCUUUUAUUUAUGUUAUGUAAAUACUUGGAGGUUCAGUAAUGAUAUAUUUGCAGUUGAUCUUUUUUGUUGGUUUAGAAUUAUUGUUUUUGAAUAUGUCACCACUUGUUUAUUCAUUUGUUCAUGGGAAUUGAGUUAUUUGUAUACUCUGACUUGAAAAUAAAGCUGGUAGAAACAUUUGUAUAUAAUUAUCUAUGUGGAUAUGUUUUAUUUAUCCUUGUCAAUGACUCAUAAUGCAACCUCAUAGUUGGAGUGUAGGUGAAUGUUUAACUGAGAGAAAUUAGCAAGUUGUGCCCUGGCUCGGGUAGCUUAGUUGGUUGGAGUGGUGUCUCCAAACCGAAGGGGCGUGAAUUCCAUUUUUAGUCUGGGCAUAUAGCUAGGUCGCAAGUUUGAUCCCCGGUUUGGGCACGUACUGGAGGCAACCAGUCAAUGUCUCUAAUGUUGUUUCGCUCUCCUCUUUAAAAGCAAUCCAAAAAAUGUCCAUGGUUGAGGCUUUAACAAAAAGAAAUUAGCAAGUUGUGAUCUAAAGUGAUUGUACUUUUUUUGCAUUUUUUGAGGAGUGUGUGAGGUACUCAUUUCCUCCAUAUUCUAGAGAAAGAAUAUUUGCUUUGGUUGGUUAUUUAUCUGCCUGUUAAAAUCCUUACCUGUAGAGAUGUCUGUUGAUUUUAGAAGCAGCAAGGAAGAGAGAAAGAGAGACAGAGAUGUGAAAGAAACAUUUGGUUGUUUCCCCCACAU